AUGCCCCUGUAUGCUAAGUUCAUGAAGGAAUUGUUGACAAAGAAAAGAUCCUUGAAAGAGGGACAAACGGUUGUGAUGACCAAGGAGUGUAGUGCCAUUAUCCAGAAAAAGUUGCCAAAGAAGAUGAAAGACCCAAGAAGCUUUUAUAUCCCCUGCACAAUAGGCAACAUGAUGAUUGAGAGAGCAUUUUGUGACCUUGGUGCAAGCAUAAAUUUAAUGCCACUAUCUUUAAUAAGGAAGCUUCAGAUUCAUAAAUUGAAACCCACAAAGAUAGCCCUUCAAAUGGCGAACAAAUCCAUUCAGCAAGCUCUUGGGGUUGUGGAGAAUGUAUUGAUAAAGGUGGACAAGUUCUUCCUCCCAGUUGACUUCGUCAUCCUAGACAUAGAGGAAGAUGACAACACUCCCAUUAUUUUAGGGAGGCCCUUUUUAGCUACUGCCAGGGAAUUGAUAGAUAUCGAAAAAGGAGAAUUAAUGCUAAGGGUGCAUGAUGAGCAUAUAGUGUUCCAUGUCUUCAAAAAUUUGCAAAAUUCCACUCAAGAGGAAAGGUGUAUGAAGAUCGAUUUCAUAGAUUCAAACUUGAAAAAGGCACCUGAUGAGACACUUCCAAUGCACCUAAGCCCAUGUUGGGAAGAAAAGAAAGAGGUGGAAGUGUUGCAACAAGCUCAAAGAAUAGAGAAGAAGCUACAACCAAAGUCUGCAUUUGAGAUUCUCAGCAAAGACCUUCCACAAAUUGAGGCCCUAAAACCUCAACUACCUCCUGGAAAAGAAGAGAGUCCCAAGAAGAAGGUGCUAAGAGGAUGGAGAAAUAAGAAAAUUCCCACUGAAGGCUUCUCACCAAGGGAUAAAGUGAUGCUAACUUACCAACCAAUGGAAACAUCUCCACAUUUUUCUGGAUACUACACAGUGAACAAAAUCCUCUCACUUGAACAUGUGGAAAUCGUCAAGAAUGAUACUAGAAGGAAGCUCACAGUGAGCGGGGAAGGAUUAAGGCACUAUGAUCAUCAUCCUCCCUAA